AUGGCAAAAAAUAUCCAAGAUGAGAACAAUAAUAAUAAUAAAGCUAUAGUACAAGACUUCUAUUAUGCACUUUCAAAAGGAGAUGGAGAAAAUGUGUCAAAACACUUAGCUAGUGACUUAGAGUGGUGGUUCCACGGGCCACCUCAAUGCCAACACAUGAGAAGGGUGUUGACGGGCGAAUCGGCCUAUCCGGAGUUCCGGUUCAAGCCCCGGUCCAUCACCACAAUCGACGAGGACCGGGUCAUUGUCGAGGGUUGGGAAGGAGCCCACGCCUAUUGGGUCCAUGUAUGGACCCUUAAGGGUGGGCUCAUGACACAAUUUAGAGAGUAUUUUAAUACAGCUCUCACUGUUAGGGACCUUAGGCCCCAUAAUAGUGGGUGGGAAAUUGGGCCUAUUAAUGAGAAAGGGACUCUUUGGCAGAGCCAUAUCUCUGGUUCUGGGCUUAGUGGUACUGGCUCCAUGCCUGGUCUUGUACUAGCUAUCUAA